AUGAUGUUACGAGAGAUCCAAGAUGCACUGAAUAGGAAGUCACCAACUGUUCAUGAAGAAAAAAACAAAAGGUUUUGGAAGUGUCCUCAACCGAACUGUCACGGCUUUGCUUGUCCCACUGACUUCAGGUGUACUAUGUGCAGCAAAGUUAUUGAUUUCUCUGACACCUCUCUGAAAUCUUCUACUAAGACAGAACCUGUCAUACCAUCAUCCAAUGGCACACCAUCCGUGAAAAGAUCAAGGAUGGCCAACAACACUCACCUUGUUCCUCUUAACAUAUUCAGUAUCGGAAGGUCAGGAAUUUUUGAUGGUCGUGCUGAAGAUUGUUGCAUCAGUUCAUCUUCCAUUUCAUGCAAAGUUAAAGUAGAAGGCGUGUGGACUAGUGUCACUAUCCAACACAACAAUAUGGAAAUGCUUGUUUUCUGCGAAACCCUUCAAGUGAUUUUCGUCAAACCAUCUAUUUCCUUCAAGUCACAGCUUUCUGAAUUGCUCAGAAUCAAGGAAUUCAUUCUGCCAAGCAUCAAAUGGUUAAUUUUGGUAUUUCGGGAACCAUCUGCUAGUGACUUGUUGUAUGUAACAGUAGAUGAUCUUGAAGGUUUAGCUAAUCGGGUUCGUGAAAAUGGAUCUUGUGACAUAAAUUGUAGUGCAGAAAAAGCUAGGGAAAUCCUUUCUAGUUGUGGCCUUCGUCUGCCACGUGCUGAAUCUAAAAGAACUAAUUCGACUUUUCGUGAGUCUCAGAUUUCUAACCAAGUCGAUCAAGCUCAAACCAAGUCUGACAAGAAUGUUAUUUCAAAUCUGGAAUCUAGUUCAUCCCAAGUUGACAAACAAACAAACGAGGGAGGUCUGCUGACUAAUGUAAUAAAUACUCUUACUCACUCCGGCAUCCAACUCACAAAUAACUCAAGUUCACUUCCUCAGGAAAGCGAAAGUACUGUCCAAGGAAAACUGACAAUAAGUGAAUGUAAUAAAGAGUGUGACGAUUUAAUCAUUCUCUCUGAAGAAAAUACUGGCGAAUGGAUUCAGAAUGCGAGGUCAUCUUCUCUGACUAACAGUGGUAAUCCCCAAACUGAAUCAUCUACAAAUCCUGAUGAAGAUUCCAUGAAGUUCGAUUACAAACCUCCUGGGUCUACCGACAGUAUAACAAUAACCAAUAAUGAUAUUGAAUGUCUUGCACCUGGAGCUCUUUUAAAUGAUGCUAUAAUUAACUUCUAUCUCAAAUAUUUAUAUUUCGAAAAGCUUACAAGUUUCCAAAAACAAGCCACUUAUUUGUUCAAUGUAUUUUUCUACAGUCGGUUGGCGAGUGGUGGUUAUAUAUCGAGUGAUGUACGUGGUUCUACAAUUUCAACUAAUUUACCAAAGAGUUCAGAAAUCACGGAUGAAACAAUUUUUGCUCAGCAUGCCAAUGUCGCGAAAUGGACACGUCGAGUCGAUCUUUUCAGUAAAGAUUAUAUUAUUAUUCCAAUUAAUGAAUGUGCACAUUGGUUUCUUGGUCUUGUCUGCUAUCCAUGGAUGGCAGGAAUGGUCAGUUACACGGCCCUUUAUCGUGAAGAAGUUUAUCAUCUCUGCCAGUUGACGGAAAAAUUUACUGAUGUUGAUCGCAUCCACUUCUCAGGCGACGAUUUAAAUUCACUAGAUAUCGGUGAAGAAGUUAUUCAAAGGUUGCCUACCGACACACCAGGUGAAGCAUUUGAUCGGUGGCGGCGAAGACGUUUAGCCUGGCUUCGUCAACGUGGUGUUAACGCAAUGCCAUGUGUUUUACUGUUCGAUUCGCUUCCUUGUCAAAGCCGAGUUGGCAAUUUGCAUGUUAUUCGAAAUUACUUACAAGCUGAAUGGAAUACACGCAGAUCAGCCCAAGAUGGUGUUCUCCGCUUCGAUAAGGAUACAAUUCGAGGUUUUAGUCCUCGAGUGCCUGUUCAGAGUAACCUGGUUGAUUGUGGAAUCUACCUACUUCAUUACGUGGAAAUGUUUUUCAAGAAACCUGUUCAAAGUUAUACGAAAGAUUAUUUCCAACACGAAAUGGCUGGUUGGUUCCCAGAAGCUACUGUCAGUAAGAAGCGUGCCCAAAUUCAUGACCUUUUGGUUAACCUACGAGAGCGUAAUCUGAGGGAGAAGGCUAAAAACUGA